AUGUCGCCCCGGGAGGUAGGCCAACGGCCUGAACCAAGACGCAACCUUGUUAGUCCUCACCGUGCCCCAGCUCGUGAGACUUAUCGAUCUCGCAAGGGCUGCCCCGAAUGUCGCAGAAGGAAGAUCAAAUGUGACGAAACCCGGCCAGAGUGUGGCCAAUGCCUGAAGAGUGGUCGUGCCUGUCAUAUCAUUGACGGGUUGUUCAAACAACACUCUUAUACGUUUUUAGCUACAUCACACGUGCGCGCUGGCUCCAGACAGAAGAAUCGAUCCUCUGGUGCUGCGCAGGGUGCUGUUUCGCAUGAGAAUGCGGAUGGAGAUACUCGCAGGGAGAUUCCCGAACCCAGUAGGAUACUCCCUUCAAGCUUGCUUUUCAUUACUACCAGAUUAACACUUUUUCUGAGUCGAUCUUAUAGGUGA